AUGGAUGUCUGCGCCAGACAGCCAUUAGCACACUCUCGCAAGGAGCCAAUGAAAGUGCUUGGUCUGGGUCUGCCACGUACAGGAACAACGUCUCUCUGUGCUGCCUUGCGAUUUCUCGGCAUCUGCCCAUAUCACUACUCCGAAAUUCCAAAGAACCUGCACGAUCGACACUAUCAGCUGAGGCUCGAAGCAGUCCAGGCAAAGUAUGAUCACACUGGACGUCGGUGGAACGGCAGGGAAGAUUUCGACCGCGUUUUGUGGAACUACGAUGCUGUCUCAGACGAUCCUUGCUGUCUUUUCACAGAUCAGCUCGUGGCCGCAUAUCCAGAAGCCAAGAUAAUCCUCACAACCCGGACGAAUGCCAGCAUCUGGUUGUCCUCGAUGGAGGGCUUCAUCCUCAAGAUCCUGCAGUGGCGCUACGCGUACUACCUAUUGGGGUUCUUCGAUCGCGAGUCCACGAAGCCGAGCAUUGAACUUCUCCAGUGUACCACUAGCGUGCUGUCUGGAGGCAGGUGUCCGACCUCGCAUGCUGGGAAGAUGGCAAUGCUCGACUAUUAUGAGCAACAAAUCAGUCAUGUGAAGAUGGCGGCAUCCAAGUCAAACAGGCCGUUUCUAGAGUUCCGGCCAGAAAUUGGUUGGAAACCGCUUUGUGACUUUCUGGGCCUGCCGGUGCCGAUGGUCAAGUACCCGCACAUGAACACCUCGUACGACGCCAUGAAGGGUGAGCGGAGAGAGGACAGGGGCAGAUGGAAGGUCGUUGCCUACAGGAUGGUAGUUCCGGUCAUUCUGACUGUAGUAAUUAGCAUGUAUACAUGGUCACAGUACUGUUGA